AUGAAUCAACCAACUAAUGUUUAUUGCGAUUAGAAUUAAAUUUGCUAAGACUGUUUAAAUACUGAUUGUUUAUAUUGUAAAAGUGAUUUGAACACCUGUACAUAAUGUGUAAGUAAAUUCUUAUUUAAUGGAAUAUGCUCCAAUGACUAGCCAACAGGUACUUUUUGUGAUAAAAGUACAAAAAUAUGCACUAAAUGUUCAGUCGAUUCAUGUAAUUAGUGCUUAGAUGAUAUUUAAAUAUGUUAGAAAUGCGAUUAAUCUUCAACAAAACCUUAUCUAUAUUAAAACAGCUGCUUAAAUUCUACUCCAGAUUAUGUUUAAUGCGAUUCUUAAAAUAUUUGUACUAAUAAACCACCAACAUACUGCACCGAAAAUUGCUAGACAUGCGAUUACAAGUAAAAAAUUUGCUUACAGUGUUCUAACACUUAUUUAAAAGUAAUAAGCUAAUCAUCUUCGCUUCCUACAUGUUAAAGUAAUUGUCCUUCUAAUUCUUCUUAAUAAAACUAAGAAUGUUAUGUUUGCCCUUAGUUUUGCACAUCCUGCAAUAGCUAGUUUUAAUGUCUAUCUUGUUAAUAUGGUUAUUCUCUAUAAUCUGGGGUGUGUUCACUUUGCAAAGGAUUAGCAUAAGGAUCUAAUCCCUCUAGUUAUAAGUGUGAACCGUGCCAAGUAACAAAUUGUUAAAAUUGUACUGUAGACAGUUCUAAAUGUAAUAUGUGCUCUUCAAAUUACUAUCUUGUUAAUAACAAAUGCUAAACUAGUCAUCCUGUAGGUUAUUUUUGUGAUAGUUAAAAUGUUUGCUUUAAAUGUAAUGGUGAUUGUAAUACUUGUGAUGAAUAAAGAAAUUGCAAUACUUGCAGCGAUGGAUGUAUUUAAUGUUUAGACUCUCAUAAUUGUACUGCUUGUGGUGAUGAUUUCUUAUUAGAUAAUCAUAAAUGCACUUAAUUCAAAGAAAAAAAUAUGCUAAAAUUGUGA